AUGGAAAGUGUGUUUCGGUUAGUUAAUUUCGGUAUCAAAGAAGAAAAAACUCGAAGCCAAGUUGAGUCAAUUGCCGAAUCAUUAGGAGAUUCUUUAGGAGUCUUAUGGUUGUCCUCAAAUGAAGUGCUUUAUGCCCGUAAUUGUGCUAUUUAUCGCAAACAAGUCCCAAUCUCUACUUCAACUAGUAGUGAUAAAUCUACUGAUAAAUCUAAUGAUAACUCUAGUGAUAAGAAAAUCACUAGUAAAGGAGAUAAACUCUUUGCUAAGAUGGGACAGACGAUCUCUCGCUUACUUAUGUCUGAUAAUGUAGUGGUGGCUGGUACACGCGAAGGGGCUUUAAGACUCUUUGAUACGUCUGGUAAGCGUUUAGGUCAUUUAAGUACUCCACCGGGUUUAAGAGCCCUUUGUUUUAUACGGACAGAUAUGCUUUGUUUGGGGGGUGAAUCGUGUCUCUUGCAUAUCUUUAGUCUAACUGGAGAAGUGUUGUUAGAGAAGGCUUUUCCAGAGUAUAUAGAAUCAGUUACAGCUAGUCAGACACAUUUAGUAGUAGGUCUAGCCAAUGGAGAUGUUUAUUUAUACGCAUAUAAAGUAGUUGAUAGUAGUCAAAGUAAGGUUGAGUUGGAAGAAGUCUUAGUGUUUAGUUUAGGCCGAGCGGCAGUAGUACAGUUUAUUUCGGCUGAGUUGUUCUUAGUAGGUCUUUCUUCUGGGUAUGCUUAUAUUUAUAGUGUAGUGCAAGGAGUAGUGGCUGAAGCUGCUCUUCAUUCUAAGGCAAUUACUCAAGCCCAGACUUUGGGUGAGUUUGUAGUUACUUCUUCUUUAGAUGGUCGUUUACGUAUUUCAACUAGUCAUUUAAGAGAGAUUACAUCACUUUAUCUCGGAGUAGGUCUAACUACGUUUGCAGCUAUUAAAUCUCCAGUUCUAGGGAGUGCUUAUCUUUUACUGACUAGUGCUGGGGAUUUACUGGCUUAUCGUGAUCGUUGGGAGGAAGUAAAGACGAGUGAACCGAUGCGAGUGGCUAAUAAGACUCCACCUCGGACACUUUUUCAGCACACACGAGCCCAAACUACUCCAAUUACGAAUACAACUAAGUUGGGUUUUACGGCGUAUGUUAAACUAUCUAGAUGUGAAAUGCUUAUGAAGUCUUUCCAGUACCGCCGGGCCCUUUCUGAAGCUAUUCAAGUCGAGGAUAGAGAAACAGUUACGGCUAUUCUUGAGUACCUUUUUACUGCUAACCGACUAACCACAACUAUUCGUACACUUUCUGAUCAAGAUCACAGUUACUUAGUGGACACAAUGACCGAUUUACUGAGGAACAAAAAGUUCUAUCCUGUCGCCCAUGAAGUCCUGCUGAUCUACACGCGAGCCCUAGCCGCACGUACACCCCAAACCAUCACUCCUCUACAGCACCCCCUAGAUAGAGCUAUUCAAGAGGCCAAAGAAGAAUGGGAGGUCCAAAGCAUGACCCAAACAACCCUUAACUAUGCCCAUAUGCUUCUCCAAGACAUGCAGUAA